CAGAAUCGAAUUCCUCCCCUUUUAAUCUAAUCCCUUUUUAUUUAUCAUCUUGUGUAAUGUUCCAUUAACGCCAUAGCCACGGAGCCAUCCAACUUUCAUUUGGUUUCUCUCUUCUCCCUCUUUCUCUAUAAGAAUUCAUACCGAUCAGUUAACUUUGUGGUUUGAAAUAUUUUGAUCGGCAGCCAUGGGAGUGGCGAUAUCUCGGCUUGUGAGGAUGUUGUUUGCAAAGAAAGAAAUGAGGAUUUUAAUGGUGGGUCUUGAUGCUGCUGGAAAAACAACCAUUUUGUAUAAGUUGAAGCUUGGAGAGAUUGUCACCACUAUACCCACCAUAGGUUUUAAUGUGGAAACGGUUGAGUACAAGAAUGUUAGCUUUACAGUGUGGGAUGUUGGAGGCCAAGACAAGAUUAGACCUCUGUGGAGGCAUUAUUUUCAGAACACACAAGGUCUUAUCUUUGUGGUGGACAGCAAUGACAAAGAGAGGAUAUCAGAAGCUAGGGAUGAGCUUCAUAGGAUGCUUAGUGAGCAUGAACUGGUAGAUGCAACUGUGCUAGUGUUUGCUAACAAGCAAGACCUUCCAAAUGCUAUGACUGUUGCUGAAAUCACUGAUAAACUUGGCCUUCACUCCCUCCGAAAUCGUCGCUGGUAUAUUCAGGCUACAUGUGCCACUUCAGGCCAAGGAUUGUACGAAGGUCUUGAUUGGCUGUCUAGCAAUAUCUCAACCAAGGCAAGUUCCAGAGCUCAUAAUGCUUCCUCUAAAGAGUAUAUACUCUCAAAACUAAUGGGUUGUUUCUUACCUUUUCUUGCAGGCCUAAUCUCACUUGUUCUGAUAAACAUCUUUGGGGAAAGUUCUUUAAGUGGACCGAGAAGAAAAACCUAAAUAUGUAACUGAUUUCUGUGCACUCUGAUCUGCAGUAUUUGAACUCUCAUGUUUUUAUGUAAAGUUUUGGUUUGAGAUCCAAGAAAAAUAUGUGCAAAAGCAGUGGUGCUAAUCCCGUAUACCAUGUGAAUGAUAAUAAAGAAAAUUUCAGAAAUCUGGUUCGUAUAUCCCGUGGAUCUUGUGGUAAGGAUCCAUUACGGUUGAUCUUGAUCAGAGAGUUUUCUGUGAAGUUCAUUGUCUCGGGAGGAUUCCUUGUCCACCCUUUAGUACUCUUUCACUUUCUUUUUUUUUUUUUUUUUUUUUUUUUUUUUAUGAAAAGGAGUACUCUUUCACUGUAAGGGUUUGUUGUUGUUUCUUAUCACCGAGGUUGGUGCCCCAUGUAUUCUUGGAGGAAUAUUGUCAUUAAUCUUAUGAGCCAUCAUGAAAAACUCAA